UUUUGUUUUUGAAGUUUGCACAGUGUGUGCUCUACAUCAGAGGUCAGUUCUUUGUUGUUUAUGCAUUGUUCAGUUGUUUUUGAAUAUAUUUCCACUUACCUUCUCAUCGCUGAUGUUCCCCUUCCUGUUUGUGGGUAAGCAGGUAGAGUUUCCUUCUCAAUGUGCAUUUUGCUGAACGUGACAGCAGUUAGUUGCACAGAUGGAAAGUAAGAAGCACAAUGCUUGCAAUAACUGUCAAUUUGUCUUCUGGUAGCUGUUGCAGAUAGACAUAUACAUUUGUUUUUUCUUUUAAACAUUUUCAUUAUUUAGUACUUCACAAAAUACGUGGUGCUUUGCAGCGCCGUGAGUCAGAACUGGAAACUAACCAAAAGAGCAGCUUGUUAUUCCUCUAAACUUUCAUUGCAUGAACUUCCUUCUCUUUUUCUCUCUUCUCUUUUUCUUCAAAAUGUUUACAUAUUUAAACUUGUCUGAACAAUUGCUACAUUUAAGCCAUUGAAUUUCCUUAUAAAUAUUGAAUGCAAGCGUGUAGAUGAAGCAGAUAUUAAUGCAGCUUCCUGCAUCACCCUCCUCUGUCUCUUGUCAGCUGAAAGCUAUGAUUUUAAUGUUUUCAUCAUAGAUCAUCAAUGUGGAGAUCUAUAUGCAUUCAGACUGCAUAAAAGCAGAAUAAGUUCAAAAAUGCCCUUGAAAUCAGACUACAUCAGUAACUAUGUUGCUGACAUUUUUUUUGUUCUCUGAAUGUCACUUUUCUUUUUCUAAUUUUGCUUUUCUGCCAUUUUUCUUUCUUCUGGAGGCAAACCCCCACUAGAAGCUCGCUGAUCUGAACCUCUUUCACUCCCCUCCUUCCUCCCUCCUACCACCCUCCCUCCUUCCUUCCUCCUCUCGCUAAGUGCCAGCGCUUCAGUGCAAGCGAGCUCCAGUUCAAGCAGGCCUCUCCGCUGCGCUGCUCCUAUGGCUGACUCGCCUCUCAAUCACUCCUGGCCGUCCUUCUCCAAACUCUGGAACAAGAGAUGGUCCUUCAAGAGAGCAUCUGAGAGCAACGCAUGCAGUCAUCCCUGUGUGAAUCCCAGCGCCCAGCUCAGUGUCCAGUCUCACACCCCCAGUGGAAAAGGAUCUUCCCCUUCAUCAUCCCCAGUCUCCAUCACUGAAGAUGUCUUCUUUGGAAGCACCAGUGAUGACCAGGAUACAUCGUCGGUAGUGAGUGACCACCACUGUCUCUCUGUGGAGGUGAGCAGCAGUGUGGAGGACCUGCAGGCCUUCGGCUGCUCUCUCAGAGACUCCGAGUACUUUAAAGACCUGGAAGGAGAUGCACCGGUCUCCCAGGCGACACCGUCCACUGUCACCUCUGCAGUCCCAGGACCCAAAGCCCAGCAAACUGUAUGCCUGCAAGUGCCUCUAAACAGAGACAACCCAACUCCAACACCACUGACGCAGACUUCCCUGACUUCUCUGGCCACACACUCCCCACAGAUCAUUGCACCAUCAUUUCCUUCCUGCAUACAGCCUGCAGAAGAAAUUCCUCAUAGCGUUGCAGUUGUUCAGUUCAAUCCUGGGUUGCCCGGUUGUAUCAUUGACAGCGGCGUCUCUCACAGUCCUCCAGUAGAGAUAAGCUUGACAAUUAAACUAGAUGGACAACUGGGAUCAAUGGAAACAGUGAGACCACUAACAGGAAUAGACGGAGCACAGGACCAACCCACAAUGGAUUUAGAUGGAGAGCCGGACCUGGACAGCUUUCCUAUCCUGGUCAGAUCCAUGUCCACGUCUCGGAGGCACAGCUGGGGAGUUCCUCUGUCACCCUCUACCCCUGGCAGGAGACUGAGUCUGGACACCACGGCGAUGGACAGCGAUGAAGGGAGGGAGGAAGAUGAGGAGCAGCAGUCUGAAACGUUCUCAGCGUGUCCUGGAGAUGAGCUUGACAGUUCCAGCUUGACGACCGCCUGUGUGCCUGCCAGGCUGCUCUACUCUCGUUCAGACAUCCUCGCCACUGAUGAAUGUUCUCGAGCAGCACACAUUUCUCGUGUUGUACAGACAUCCAAACAGGCCGCCAGGGCAGCAGGAGUAGCAGAGCAGUUUGACCCUGAAGAAAACCUACACUCUACCGAAGAACAGAGCCAUAUAGCGAAGCAGAGGACCAAAGGGCCCAAAGAGGCAGGAAGUGUCACUUGGUACGAGUUUCUCAACCACGAAAAUGAUGAGGAGGAAGACCGUGCAGAGAAGGUGGAGAAAGGCACCAAGGUGAAGAGGACCCUUAGCUCUCUGAGGAACAGGAUGACCGGCUCCUUUAAUAAAGAUAAGGGUAAGAACCGAGAAAAAGAACAUCAGAGGGAGCGGGUGAAGGAGAGGGAGAAGGAAGUCAAAGAUAAAAUGUCGUGCAGCAUCAAUGUACAUCAUUUGGUGCCAGGUUCCUUCUCCAGCUGCGCCACCUGCUCACUGUGCAGCAAGACCCUGCAGACAAAGCAUGGCCUGCAGUGCAUGAAUUGUGCUGUUAACGUUCACAGGGGCUGCAAGUCUCUGCUGGGUGAGUGCACCAACAGCAAGAAUAAGAGAGAUUCUCAUUUGAGGGGCGGUACAUCAGGAUCUCCAAACCUUGCACUUAAAGCCCGGGACAGAGAGAAAGAUCAGGCAGGCACAACCUCGUCUCAUGCCCUGAAUGGCCACCGAAGUUAUCCCAGUGCCCCAGGCAUGACAGUUGGUUUGUGGGGACCUAGCACGCAGCAGACUGCCGCCCAAUACCCUAGCUCCACGGCUUCCUCUGCCUGCAGCCUCGGCCACAGUCUCCGUCACCACAGUAGCUCAGGAUCCCUCCCAGGGGAGAUGGAUGAGACGGAUGCUCUCCGCCCCAAACGCUGCAAUGAAGACGCCGUGUCCCUUGCUCCUUCGACUGCUGAGCCCAUCAUCGUAGAAGAUGCCCACUACGCAGCCGUGCGCGCUGACCUGGAGUCAGAAGCUCAGGACUUGGAGGUAGACUCCUGGAGUUUGGCAGUUGACCAGCAGUAUCUUAAGAAGCACUCAAAAGAAAUGGUGAAGAGGCAGGAUGUAAUAUAUGAGCUGAUGCAGACAGAGAUGCACCAUGUGCGAACAUUGAAGAUAAUGCUGCGAGUGUACGUGCGGGAGUUGAAGGAGAACCUCCAGAUGGACUCGGGCAGGCUGGACUGUCUUUUCCCUCGUUUGGAAUAUCUACUCGACCUUCACACGCAUUUCCUGUCACGUCUCAAAGAACGACGGCGAGAAAAUCUUGUGUCACCCAGCAAUAGAAACUACACUAUUAACAGAGUGGCGGACAUCCUAAUUUCACAGUUCUCAGGUGAAAUAGGGGAGAGGAUGAAGAACAAUUAUGGAGAUUUCUGCAGUCACCAUACUGAAGCUGUCAGCUACUACAAAGACCUGCUGCAAAACAACAGAAGGUUCCAAAACAUCAUAAGGAAAGUCAACAAUCUGUCCAUUGUACGGAGGUUGGGAGUGACUGAGUGCAUUUUGCUGGUGACGCAGCGGAUUACGAAGUACCCAGUGCUAGUGGAGCGCAUUCUUCAUAAUACCGAAGUGGGUACAGAGGAGCAUGAGGAUCUGACGCGGUCGCUGGGUCUCAUUAAGGACACCAUCGUACAAGUGGACACCAUGGUAAAUCUCCAGGAGAAGAACACUCGACUCCGAGACAUACACAACAAGAUGGAGCCAAAGUCUUCGGGGAAGAUCAAAGAUGGCCGAGUGUUUCGCAGGGAAGACCUCGCACAGGGCAGGAGACGACUGCUACAUGAGGGCACAGUGAGCUGGAAAGCUGCCUCUGGGAGGCUAAAAGAUAUUGUUGCUGUUCUCCUGUCGGAUGUGUUGCUCUUACUACAGGAGAAGGAUCAGAGAUAUGUAUUUGCUACAGUGGAUAACAAGCCGUCAGUGAUAUCUCUCCAAAAGCUCAUAGUCAGGGAGGUGGCCCAUGAGGAGAAAGCUAUGUUUCUUAUCUGCGCCUCGUCCAAUGAGCCAGAGAUGUAUGAGAUCCACACCACCUCUAAGGAGGAACGAAACACUUGGAUGACGCAAAUACGGCAAGCUGUGGAGAGCUGUCCUCACACAGAGGAGCGGCUGUUUAGCGAGGAAGAAGAGGCACGAGCUUCCAGACUGAAAGAAUUUCAAGACCGGCUGAGCCACAAGGAUGCAGUGAUCGUGCAGGCUCUUACCGAGAAGCUGCAGCUGUUUGCGGACAUGGCAGAAUCUGUGGCCGGCCUGGAAGAUGCAGCUGCUCGCUCCAGACUGAUGCUUCGAGGCGAUACCUCAGACCUCCAGCAGGGGGAGACCCUGCUUAAAGGAGCCAUCACUGAGGUGGAGAACCUGCAGAACCUGCUCCAGUCUGGGGUUAGGGGAGAUGCUCAAACCCCCCGAAUGGAAGACGGAGGUGGAUCUGGGGUUCUGCCUAGACGAGCAGAGACCUUUGGAGGAUAUGACAGCAGCCCCACCAUCCUCACCAAGAAUGGUGGUGUGAAGAAGAGCUUUUCUGGCGAGUCUAGAAACAGGGAAAGGAGCCAAAGAGCCAGCUCCGACCCUCAGCUCAAAGACCUCUGUGGCAGCCACACCCUGGAGCAGACGGUUGAAGAGAGCGGCUGCUCCCCAGCUCGAUGGAACUGCAUCUGGUCCAACUCCUUCCCUGAAGCGGAGUUCUUUGACAGAGUGCUGAUGCUCUCUCAGAGGCUUUACAGUCUGCAGGCCAUCGUAUCGCAGCAGGACAGUCAGAUUGAGCUGCAGCGGGCUUCACUGACGGAGCGGGCCUCCCUGCCUGGUCGUUAUAAAGGAAACGUGCUGCUGGAGCAGGAGAAACAGAGGACACUAGCUCUGCAGAGAGAAGAGUUUGCAACCUUUCAAAAACUCCAAUCUCAGCACAGGCAGGAGCAGCAGCGCUGGGAGAAGGAGAAGGAGAGGCAUCGCCAGCAGGUGGAGGCUACUGAGGCCCGGCUGCGACAAAGAGACGAGGACUGCAGACGGCUAGAGGACCAACUUGCAAAAGAGAAGGAGGAGCUGGACAGGCAGAGAGAGACAUAUCAGGAGGACUUGGAGAGACUGAGAGAAUCCACCAGAGCUGUGGAGAAAGAGAAGGAACGCCUGGAGCACCUGAAGAAGAUCAAGAGGAAGACUAUUGAGGUGGUUCCUUUGGCUGGCAGCCUGAAUGGGGAUCUCCUCUCAUCCUCUGGCCUCAACAGUUCCACCAGUGUUUCUGAGAUACCGCUUCCCCAGAAGCCCAUCGUGCGUGGCAGCUUGUCUGUUGCACCGGCCGACUAUGCAGAGCGCCCCGAGGUGACGCUGCGGCGGGAGAUGAGCUCGUCAACUCUCCCGCUGCCGCUGAAGACAGAAGUGCCGCUCCAUCUCUUCAGCACCACAAACCAGCAGCACAAACCAGUCGGGGUGCAGCAGCAGAUUCCCACCAAACUGGCAGCAAUUAACAGUGGCAAAGGGAAAGGAGGGAAGGGUGGCAAAGCCUCGCAUCGCACCGAUAGCACUGCCUCUGUGGACAUGAAGCAGAUGCUUCCUCUGAAACUAUCUGCCCGAGAGGAUAACAUCCUCAAGGCCAAGCGCUCCAUCAGCCCCCACCAGCAGCUCCCGCUGUCAGGCCCUCCUCCGCUCCACUCCCUGCAUCACCACCCAGAUCAGCUGAGUCCUCCAGACAACACUGGACUAGACAUCCAGCCCGCCUCCUCCCACCCUCCAAACCCGCUGAAGCCCGCCGUGCCUCCUGCGCCAUCUCAUCCUCAGCCCCCGCUGCAGCCGCCCGCCGUGCCUCCCCACGCGCAGAGCACCGGAUCUCUGCAGUUCCAGCCUCACGGGCCGCCGCAGAGCCUCGCUCCAAACACGCAGGCCCACAUCCCGGUAAACAUUCACGCCCCCAGCCACAAGAUCCCCACACUCCCCACCAUCCCUACAGAAGACCCCAAUAAGGAAGACGUCAUAUUUUUUUAAGAUCCAACAUCAGCAUCGAAGGAACCAUUUUCAAUCCCUAAUCGAGCACGGGAACCAUCGACAGGAGCAGCGUCUGUGAUGGGGGUUUUUAGCGUGGGCCAGCUCAUUCUCAUUGAUGACUGGGUACAGUAAGACAGUUUAGAUAUCUAUGCAUAGGUACACCAGUUGUUUUGCUCGCACAGUGUCCCGUCAUUUCAUUCAAGAACAUUUAUGAACCCUGCUACUCCAUAUUUGCUUAGAAACUGCCGGUAAUCUUUCAUUAUGUGGAACCCAGAGCAAAACAAAAUCCUUUGUGGUGAGUUGGAAAAGAUCAAAUUAACUUUUAUCAACCCAACGUCAUUAGCCACAAGAGCUGAAGAGGAUAUGACUGAAAGAAGCCUCAUGGAAAAGAACUGGUGGGGUUAUUGUGGAGAGCAGAGCAGUCACGCUGGUUAGUGAAACAUGAAAACGUAGUGAGCCCCAGAUUUAACUGCAGUUUUUUUAUUUUUCCUUCUUUUCUGUGGCUGGAUCUGGUUCAUGAAGAAAUUCAACAAACUAGCAACCUCUCAUUGAUUUUAUUUUCAUUUGCACAUUUGUGUAAAAUACUCCAUUCCAGACAAAUGAAGAAACUUAAUUGAAGAAAAAAAAAUGUAUAUUUUUGAUCGUGCAGCUGUUAAAAUUGUGUCUCAUCAAUUAAUUUUGUUAUUGGUACUCAAUUGUGCUUAUUUCAGAAAGUAAAAUUGUUGCUUACAAGUGUAGCUUUGUCACUGGUUGUGAAACCUGACUGUAAUAAUACUUCAGUUCAAUAAGGGAGACGUUUUUAUUUCGAUCAAUUGUAUAUAAACAGGAAGUGAGACAAAAAUCAUCCAGCGGCGUGUUUUGGCUGUCUGCUUUCUAAACUGAGUGAAAAGUUAAUUCUUUGUAAAAAUGUGGGAAAAAUCUGCAAAAUUUUGAGUAUGGUAUGUACUCAAUUUAAAACAGCAUUUGUUGUUAAACCUGGCUAAAAGUGGCACCAGCAUCCCCUGCAGAUGUGAUAAAGAUGUAGUUUGUGUCACCUGACAUGCGUUUCCCAAAAAUAUCUCCUUUAACAGACAUCUGUUUGGAAGAUUUGUUGCCUUUUUUUUUUAUUUGAAAAUUAGUGAGCAUACUGUAACUUUUGUACUGUAUCUGUGUUAAAGAUGUCUGGAAACGGCUUCAGUCGGACUGUGGCCUUCCUCAAAACCAAAAUAGUGUUUCAGACAGACUUUUACGACCAGAGUGGUUGUGAGUACAUGACACUAUUGCUGCCUGAUGCGAGUUAGGUCACACAUCGCUCUUCUGUCUUUUUCAUUAUCCGUAUGUGCUAAAUGGAGGAUGGCAGAGCAGCACACAAGUCUCAAGCAGUUUAUAGUCCCUGCUCGCCAGCUCACGCUGCUGUCCUGGUUUUUCUUUUCUUUUUUUUUUUUUUAUAAAGCCAAUGAAAAGUUAUCGUGAAUGAUGUCCUGCUUUUGAAAGAUUGUGUCACUGGACUUCAGUUCGCUUAUUUCCCACUUUGCAACGUUAUCAGGUUGUUUUAUUUUCUUGGUGGUCUAUAUUUCAAGUAAAUAUGAAGUUUUAAUUCGUAAAUGAAAACCAGAGAUCUGAAUUUAAAAAAAGUUUUUGUUUUUUUCCUUCUACAUACACAAGAUAACCUUAAAUCCUGAAACGGUUGACAUGUGGAUACGUUUUAUGUCCGAAGGGAAACUAAGCUGGUGUUGAAAGCAGGUUUUUGUGGAUAUGAUGUAUAUUGUUGUACAUACGGUCUGUGAUCUCUCUCCCUCCAUACACAUGAUUGCUAAACCCAUCUAGACCUGGUACAUCUGUGAGAUCCAGUUUCAGUGUUCAGAGCGUACCUCAGGUCUGAAAGGGUCAAAAACAGAUUUGACACAAAUGAAGAUGUGAAAAUCAAGCAUAAGUCUGUUUUCAAUCUGCGUUUCUACACUUAAAGUACGCAGCUCUGGUGCGCCUCCCUUGGAGAGGGAGUCUUCGUCGUUCGUGCAGCUGUGAUCAUUUGAUGCUGUUGUGCAAAUGCGCUGAUAAUUGCAGGCGUGCAUGUUUGAUCUCCAGAUGUGUGUUAAAGUCGCGGUGCACUGUCCGUUGGCUCUCUGGUACAUUUCAUGAGUUAUGAUUCAUUGAGAUUACGUAGCAGUUAAAGCAAAACCGUCUGCUUGUUUCAGUGGGUUCAACCAAAGAGAUAAUCGGCUGACUCGGUUCCUCUCUGUGUUCCUGUUGCAUGAAGGAUAAAUGACAUGUGGUCGUCCACAAUGUGUUUUUACUUUAACAAAAAAAAAAUCCUUCAGGGAGUGUCCAUAACUGGUGCGUUUCAAGCAUGUUGUACUCCAGGUCCCAUCUGGCAUAAGAUCUGGUUUUUGGAUUUGUUUCUGUCAUUGCCUGAUCACAAACAUCUCUGCAUGUACAGAAUAGCGAUCUCAUAACGGAUAAUGUACAUCAUGACGUUGCCCAAUAUGUUGGAAGACGAUAUGAAACACACAACUAUCUCUGUGAUGUAUAUCUUUUUUUUUUUAAUGAUCAGGCUCAAUACAGCAGAAUUGUUCCCAGACUCUGUCAAGCAACGCAAGCUCAAAGCCCACUCAGUGGUGUUUUUUCUGAAUACUUUCAACCUUAACCCUGUAGUCAUAACUAAUUUGAGCCUAAAUUUAACUUAAAAACAGGUGAGCGAGUUGAUUUCAUGAUUGCUGUUGUGCCCGCAGAUCAAUCUUCAUGUCGGACGAGGAAAGUCCACCUGCUUUUGUAGACGAUAACUGAUGUGCUAACAGCUAAACUUUAACCCAAAUACACCAGCUCAUGAAUAAUUUAAUGGCUACGUUUUAAAACUUUUUUCAAGGUUCUGAAGGAGAGGGGCUUCACAAAAGGAAAACUUGUGUAAGAUCGCUUUAGUUUUGCUCCAGGCUUUUAUUAAACCUCAGCAGGGGGAGGUGGAUGGAGGCCGUCAGUGGGCGCCGCUGUUUGAUCAAAUGAAGUCUUAAAUGUUGCUUUGCUGGACUGAAAUUCUUAAUGUAUUUUGCUCUGUUGUAUAAUUCAGAAGCCAGUCAGUCACAUCACUGUACGAGUCGGUGAGUGUGUGUGAGUGUGUGUGAGAGAGAGAGCGAGAGAGAGUGUGUGUGUGUGACGAAAACGAGUAAAAACAGCUUAGACUGAUUUGUUUCUAGUUGGUUUUGUUUUUAUGCUGUUUUUUGUUUUUCUUUUCACAUACCAUUGCAUAGUUGUUGGACCUGUAAUAUGUAAAUAAUCAUGAAUAUAUUUUAUUUCUUCAAACAAUUUUACACUAGUCACUUUGGAUCGUAGCAUACUUGAAGGGGAAAAUGAAUGUAUAUAAUUCCCAUUAUUGUUUUUAUUAUUAUUAAUAUUAUUUUAUGUAAAUGCAUUCACCAGACAUCUGACAUCUGUAGCACACAGCUAAACUCAUUUUUGUACAAAAUUUUAGUUUUAUUCACUUUGCCACAUUAGAAAGACCUGUGAGCACAAACUGCUGCCUUAGAGACAUUUAGUAAUAAAAACUCCUGAAAAUA